AUGUUCUUUGAUCCUGAGGCAAUAACUUACGAACUGGAUCCAGAUUUUGUAUACAAUCCGAAAUAUCCGUUGGAAUAUCCAAAGUCGAAAACAAGAUCCAGAACGUCCGGAUUCACCUAUCAAUUACGGAAACGAGGAGUAUCCAGCCUUAGUGAUGAGAGGAACAAGAAAGUGUGGGAUGAGGCGGUGAAGUAUGCAAUUCUGGACGAAGAAGCCGAAUACAAAAAAUUCAUGAUGUGCUUGAAUGAGAUUGAAGAGAAGAGAAAAAUGGCGGGAACUGAAGAAGUCGGGAACGACGAAUCAAUGGAAAACGAUCCAUCUUCUGAUUCAGACGACGAAGAUCUUCCGGAUUUCCAAGACGACGACUCUAGCCAAGAUAAAGAAAAGAAGUUACUGAAGUGGGCGUACAUGAGAGCGAUGCCCAAAGUUUAUACUUUUGCAAAAGAAGUUAUCAAAAGAAGUAAGGGAAGAGAGAAAAAUCGGCCUCACCAAAUACGAUUUAUUUCAAAAAUGUGGUAUCGACUUCAUGAAACAAACGAAUUUGGAUUUCCAACGAAGCUGCGUGCAGUUUGUGACGAGGAGUCUGAAAUUGCAGCGAUUCCAAUAUUAACCCCAGAAAAGGAAUUGGAAAUGUUCCCAUUACCAAAACGUCUUACGCCAGAAGAAAUGAGAGAAGCAAGAAAACGAAAAUUGAAGUUAUAUUGUGAAAAGAGAGAAGAAGCGGUGAAAAAAUUUCUAGCGAAAUUCACUUGCGCCAUUGAAAAUAACCCGGGACACGAAUUUUUUGGCAUACCGUCGGAAUUACUUCAAGCAUUUAAAGAAAGCGUUGUCAAUAAUGGCGAUGAGCAGGAAUUUAGGAGAAAGGCGCAAGAAUAUAUAGAAGAAGAAUCGGAAUACUUUUCGCCAUAUUAUAUUCCAUACGAAUAUGAAGAUGACUUUGAGGAAGAAUUUGGUGACGACAUGUCGAUUCAUGAAAUUGCGGUGAAUAACUUUGGAGUUAAUGAUUAUCGAAAUGAGGAAGAAGAUGAUGGAGUUGUUGAUUAUCGGUUAGAGCGAGAAGAUAAUGGAGUUGCUGAUGAUCACAUGGAAGAUUUAAAUAAUCGGGUUGCUCGUUAUUCAAUUGAAGAAGAAGAUUAUGCAGUUUCUGAUAAUCGAAUUGAGGAUGAAAAUAAUCGAAAUGCUGAUGAUCAUAUGGAAGAUGAACGUAUUGAUGAUGAACAAUAUGCCGACGAUUGUGAACAUGCAGAGAGUAUAGUUAAUCCCGAUGCCGCAAUAUUUUUUGGCGAUUCUUCUGCAGCACCACACGAGAUUACUCUAAACAAUCUGAUAUUGGACUGUUCAACGUUAGAUGACAACUUUCGGCCACUACCCUCUUCUAAACAACCACUUGCUAUUGCUGUGAUAGAGAAUAACGACCCAAAUGAAUAUGAUCAUAUAUUGGAAAUUUCUCAACAAGAAAUCCAGGAGCUUUUGGAGAAAUAUAUUCAAAGGGAUUUUCAUGGAACGUCUACCCAACAACCAAUGCAUUAUUUGGUGUUAGAGAAUUUUGAAGGGGAGUUUUGCGAUCUUCAAAGAGCAUCUUCUGAUCUAUCAGUUCAAGAAUCGGUGGAGGAAGAUUAUGAAGAAGAUUACCAUACAUAUUCUGAUCGACCAACUCGAGAAUCAGUAGAAGAAAAUUAUGAAGAAUAUUACCAUGAUUAUCAAAGAACAUCUUCCGAUCGACCAAUUCUUCCUUUUGGGCCCCAGUUUUCUUCAGUCAAAUACCUUUAUGGAAAAGAUAUGAAAUGCCGCGCGGUAUUUUAUCAUAGCCCAUCAUUGGACAUCACUAAAGAUCGGAAGCAUUACUUGUAUUUGAUUAAUGGUAAAAAGUAUCUCCUACCUUUCAAUAUUUUAAACUAUACAACGUCGAUUUCACCACCAGAGGAACUUACUGAGGUACGAAUCGAAAACACUGACCAAGAGGUUACUGUGGAAGAAGAGUCGGGAAUAGUUUGUGCUGGAGAUACUGCGAAUUUUCAAGAAGACGCCUUUUUUGAGGAAUCAGCUCCCAUUCAAGAUCCCACGGAAGAGCUUACUCCUAUAAUGGACGCGAUUUCCGUGAAUGAUGCCACAACGGAGUUGGAUGCACAUUCUUGUACUUCUGUGGGAAAUGAAGAACUGACUACUUCGCCAUUAACUGCGACGGAACCAAUAAAUUCUACACCGAGUGACCCUCAUGCUUCAGAGAAACCAGAAAAUUCAUGGCACACUAUUGAUCCAAGACGAAAUAAGAGAGUUCCGAAGCUCGUUUUGAAGCGGACUUCUGAUCAUGGCUAUGAAGUUACUCAUAAUACUGAGCCAACUUCGCCAAAUAAGGAAAAUGCGUUGAAGGCCACAGAAAAUGCGGAAAAUGAUUCAAACUUUGAAGUUACGGAAUCAGCGACUUUUGAAAAACAAACCGAAGAGAUCCAUAACGCUGAAAAUGAUCAACCUACAGUCUCUGUGCAAAUGGAUCAACCAGAUACUCCAGCUACAUUGAGUGCCCCAUCCGACAGUAUGUCUCAAGUAUCGUCAAUUCGAGUCGAGGAACAAGUUCAAAAAUUGUCAUCGCAAAGUUCAUUGUUUAUGAAUAAUUUUGAAGAAUUCAACGUCGAAGCAAUACAGGCGACCGCUGCUGCCGCUUUCCCUAUCGAGGAACCCCAACCGCCACCGGAAGACCCAGCUGACAAUGAGCAGAAACCGAGCGUAGCAGAGUUGGAAAGCCAAAUGCCAACGACAAGACCAUCAAAGCGUAGGAGAAGAGAAGCUGAAGAAAAUGAGAAUCAAGGAAAUCAAGAAAUGGCAGUAGAAGCGGAAUUGCUCAUUUAUGGUUGGAUAGAAUUCUUCUAUCAUGGCGGUUAUUUCCGAUUUUUGGGAACCUAUAAAAAGCUCAACUCCAAGACAUUUAGCAGUGUUUUUGAACGUAUAAUUGAGCAGAUGCUUCGGAUUACAGAGGAAAAUUUGAAGGAAGCAAGUAAAGUUCUACAAAUAAACGAUGCCGAAUGGGAGGAGAAAUUUGCUGCAGAAUGUGGCGUUACACGUAACGAAUUGGAAAUUUUGAGAGAAGAUGCAAGGAGGGAACGAAGUGAAACCCAUAAAGUCGAAUGCACACACUGUCCAUACUAUUUCAAAAAUGAAAAUAAUAAGGCAUUAUUCUUUUCAUCGAAAGAAUUGUAUGAUGUCCAUUCGAAGCUUCAUAGCUCACUUGACUGUCCAGAGACCUUUCGAAAAUGGCUUCGCCGUGCUCGCGAGCGUCUUUUGCUAAUUUCAAAAACCGACAUUGACAAUGCAAAUUCAUCAAAUGCCGCUGAGCAAGUGCAAACCGAAAAACCGUCGAAAUUUUUGUUCACGUUUGAUGAAACCAGCACGUUCUUCUAUAUUUGGACCUGUUUCGUCUGUCUCAUUAGUCUACAUCCUUUGUUUUUCACAUCAAUCUCAAUCUUCAAUGAUACUCAUCAUUUUCUAAAAACCACCACUUAUAUCAAUUAUGCAACGGAUUUGAUAUACUUGUUGGAUUUGUGUAUUCUAACAAGAGUGGAGUACGUCGACAACGGAUUAGCUAUCAAGAAUACACGGCUCCUAUUGAAUCAUCGAGUUAAAUCACGUACUUUCAUUCUCGAUGUUUUGUGUCUUUUUCCAGCCGAAUAUUUUACAUUUGUUGAUGGAAGCUUAUUUUUUGGACGACUUAACCGCAUUCUGAAGUGUUAUCGUCUACUUGAUUUUGCUUCUCUUUCGGAAAUUCGCACUUCAUCCCCGCAUGCUUUUCGUCUUCUCAAACUCGUCUUCAUCUGCUUUGUCAUUUUCCAUUGGAAUGGAUGUUUGUAUUUUCAUAUAAGCAAACAGUACGGGUUUGAAGAUGCCAGACUCGAAAACUGGAUAUUCUCUUAUGACAAGAUCAUCGAACCUGUGAUCGCGGAUUGUGUUCCUGACAACAAAUAUGAUUCCAAUUAUUGCGACGUUGAGGAUGAAUUCAUCACGCAGCUUCCGGAAGAGCUUGUUCAGACAUCAGUCUCCAUGCACAUGAACGUAUGGAAGAAUAGAACCACAACUCUUCAAUUUUCGAAUUUUUCUCGACAAUAUGUAUUAAGUUUUUAUUGGUCCGCAUUAACACUAGUCACACUUGGAGAACAGCCUUCACCGUGUACAACGUUUCAAAACGUUUUCGAAGUUCUCGAUACGCUUUUGGGAUUAGUUAUUUUUGCCGUAAUCGUUGGAGAUGUCGGUAACAUGGUUGUCGCAAUUAAUUUGCGAAAAUCCGAUUUCGAUAAUGUGCUCGAUGGAUGCAAACAAUUUAUGGUUUACAGAAACGUUCCUGGAGGUCUUCGAAAAAAAGCUGUUCAGUUUUUUGCACACAUUUGGAAUCAUGGGGGAGCACAAGUCGAUGAGGAGGAAAUCGCUGAAUUUCUUCCACCGCGACUUUUUGGAGAUAUUGCAACAGAGAUUCACUUGGAAACAUUGAAAAGAGUUAAACUUUUUGAGGAUUGCGAUCCCCGGCUGCUUUAUGAGCUUAUUUUGAAGCUACAAUUACGAGUAUACAGUCCUAUGGAUUACAUUUGCAAAAAAGGCGAAGUUGGAACAGAAAUGUAUAUAGUGAAGGAAGGAUUCGUUGAGGUGGUGAAUGAAGAUGGCUCCAAGGUUUUCGUCACACUUGGUGCCGGCGUCGUGUUUGGAGAACUUUCAAUCCUGAACAUACCAGGGAAUAAGAAUAAAAAUCUGCGGACGGCAUCAGUGCGAUCCAAAGGAUAUUCGGAUUUAUAUGUGCUGGAUAAGGAAGAUUUGUGGGAAGCUCUUCGCGAAUAUCCGCAGGCAAAACAAUCGCUUAUUGAAAAAGGAAAACAAAUUCUUGCGAAAGAUAAUUUGCUAGACGAUUCCCUUCCCGAAGAGGCAGAAGAGGAAUACUUUGGAAAUCUUGAUGAAUUUCUCGCAAGAAUAAAACAUGAUAGCGAAGAAAUCGAAAAACAACUACAAGAAGCUGAAAACAGUCUUCGCAUAUCUCAGCGAAUGCUUAAAAUACGCAUUUUCCACAUCGAAAUGGAAUUAAUUCAUCGCAUAAAGGAUGCGAAAUCUGUGGUAUAG